AUGAACCUCAACCUCUCCGGCACGGUGAACGUGUUCAAGCUCUUGUUCAAGCCCACGCUGUGUCUGCCGCAGCACACGGUCGCGACGUUCAACGACCUGCCCAUCCCGUUUGAAAAAGCCUUUGAGGGCCAGAAUCGGAAAUGCGACAUCAGGGCCGUGGUGCUCGACAAGGACGACUGCUUCGCGGUUCCCCACACGAAUGAGGUCCACAAGCCCUACAAGGAGCGUUUCGAGCAGCUCAAGGCCGCGUAUCCCGGCCGCCGGCUGGUCAUCGUCUCCAACACGGCCGGAGCGACGUCCUAUGACAGCUCCCUCAAGCUGGCCAAGGAGUUGGAAGAAGCCACCGGCAUCACCGUCUUACCUCACAAGACCAAGAAGCCCGGCUGUGGCUCCGAGAUCAUGGAGUACUUCCGCAAGCACCCCGAAACGGGCGUCUCCCAUCCGUCCCAGGUUGCCGUCGUCGGCGAUCGCUUGACCACCGACAUGAUGCUGGCCAACAUGAUGGGCGGCUGGGGAUUUUGGAUUAGGGAAGGAGUUGUUGCCCCCGAGAAGAAGAGCAUUCUCUCGAGACUUGAAUGGCGGCUGGCAGCAGCGUUGACUGCCAGGGGGUACAAAGCAGCCGACCCCCAGAGUCCUUUUGAGUAG